AGGCACCUCCCCCCCUUUCCGGCUUUCUUCCAACGCGCAGGCGCAUAGAGUGCAGCAACAUGGCGGCCUCCGUGGAUCUGGAGUUGAAGAAGGCCUUCACUGAGCUUCAAGCCAAAGUUAUUGACACUCAACAGAAGGUGAAGCUUGCAGACAUUCAGAUUGAACAACUGAACAGAACGAAAAAGCAUGCACAUCUUACAGAUACAGAGAUUAUGACUUUGGUAGAUGAGACUAACAUGUAUGAAGGUAUAGGAAGAAUGUUUAUUCUUCAAUCCAAGGAGGUAAUUCAUAAUCAGCUGUUGGAGAAACAGAAAAUAGCAGAAGAAAAAAUUAAAGAACUAGAGCAGAAAAAGUCCUACCUGGAGCGGAGUGUUAAGGAAGCUGAAGACAACAUCCGGGAGAUGCUGAUGGCACGAAGGGCACAGUGAGCCUGCAUGCCAAAAGGUCAGUAGCGGCUGCAUCUCCAAGGCUGUCUCCUUUGGACAAUGUCACAAGAUGGAUCUGAUGAUCCUGAGGUCCCUUUGGAGGCUUAGGGACAGCGGUGUGCUGGAGCUGACUUAUCCCACUUAGGAAAGCUGAUUUUAGUUGUCAGGAAUUUUGUUGCAAGACACUUGUGGAACAUAGCCAUUGUAGGCUGUUAUUUUCUUCCCUGGUGCCGGGUAGAAACUGAAUCUAGGGCUUUGCCUGUGUGAGGCAAGUGCUCUGUGGCUGAGCCACAUCCCCUUCGAGCACAACCACCGUUAAAAAGUAAACUGCAUAGCAUGCACAAGGCCCUGGGUUCAAUCCCCAGGACCAUAAAAAUAAAAAGU